AUGGUUUCACUUACAAUCAAUGGGAAACCUCUCAUAACCGAUGUGGUAGUUGAUGAGACAUGGUUUUCAAAUCUUGCUGUUUGUGAGGAGUUGAAGAAUUGGUAUGCAUUUUCAAAAUCUUUAGCUGAGGAUGCUACAUGGAAGUUUGCAAAAGAAAACAUGAUUGACGUGGUCACCAUACAUCCAGAGUUUACUAUUGGUACUUUCUUACAGGCAACUCUUAAUGUGCCAGCAGAGAUUGUUCUGAAUCAUAUAAAUGGAUCACAAACCUUAGCCAACAUGGUUUAUAGGUUUGUUGAUGUUAGAGAUGUAGCAUAUGCACAUAUUCAAGCAUUUGAAGUAGCUUCAGCUAGUGGACCAUAUAUUUUAGUAGGAACUGUUAUGAACAAUGUUGGGACUUCAAAGAUUUUAGAAGAACUAUACCCUGAUUUUAGCCUUCCUGAAAGAGAUGUUGCAUAUGCACAUAUUCUAGCAUUUGAGUUACGUUCAGCUACUGGAAGAUAUGUUUUAGUUGGAACUGUUACAAAUAAUGCUGGGCCUUCCUGA